UACCAAGAAAGAUAUAAUUCACCAAUAAUGUUAAAAUUCGUAUCUGCCGUAGUACUUAAUCAGGUUACUAAAUAUAGAUUAUAUAAUUAGGUAUCUAUGUUUGCAUAUUAAUAAUGUGAAUAUAAAACGGUGAUGAAAUAUGAGGAGAAAAUUAAUAAUAAUAAAAAAAUUAAAUAUGUCAAUUAAAAUUUGUAUGUGUUGAAGAUAAUCACUAUGAAAUUUCGUAUACCACGCCAUCUUCAACUGAACUGCUUCGUCAAAGGACGACACUGUUCAGUUGAGAGUAAAAAAAGUAAAAAUAUACAGUUGACAAUUCUGACAAUCGGUCAUUAUUAUUGUAUUUGUUGAAAUUCAUCUUCAUACAUUCUUAAUGUAACGCGGAAGCUGUAAAUAAUAAAUUGUAGAAGAAGACUAUACUAUUGGUACAUCUUUCUCGUUUAAUUUGACAUAAGUUUGAGACAUGUCUCGUCAUAGAGACGUACGGUGUAUGAAUUAUUCCGAAGAGUAUGAAAAUUAUGAUGAUGUUUAUGGACAUUCUGUUGAAGAUGACUACUGCGUUUCUCCUAGUGAACAAUUUUUGUUUGAUCGGAGUAAACAACAGAAUAUUGCAUCGUUUAUUAUGGAACCAGAUAUAGUAGAAGAUAAUGAGGAUGGUGAAGAACCUACACAUUCCAAUGAAGAAGUCAUAGUUCUUACAGAUUUAGAAAAGGUUAAUCUUAUGUCGUGUAUGGAAACUAUUAAGAAUAUUAUAGGAGACACGAUACCUGAUUCUGAGAUAAAGAAAAAAAUUAUUCAAUCCAAUUUUAAUGCUGAGGCAGCAUUAGAUUCCGUUCUAAAAGAAUCUUCUCCAAAGAAUGUUACACAACCAUCUACAAUUGCUAAGGAUACUGUAGAACAUUACCCAGGUAAAAAAUUGCCAUCCAAAUCCACAUUUCAACCUACAACAUCUUCAAAUGUGAAAAUCAUCCCUGCUGGAAAACGACCUGUAGUAAAGGGUUUCUAUUUAAGUGGAGCAGAAAAUGCAGAUCAGUUAAAUCCGCGGAUUGACAGUCCUCGGUCUCAAAGUCCGUUUGCUGAUCCUAAUAGUCCAGAAAUUAGAAGAAAGGAGCAUAAUCCAAAGGACAAAAAUAUAAUUUCUUCACGUACGAAUAGUCCACGAUGUCAGUCUCCUGUAUUAGCAUCUGACUUAGAUUCCAAAGUAAAAACCAGUGAAGAACAAGUUGAUGCUUUAAAAGUAUAUAAAAGUAAAAGAGGAGAUAGCAAAGAACAGUUACAUUUAGUAGUUGUUGGACAUGUAGAUGCAGGUAAAAGUACUUUAUUGGGAAGACUUCUGUGCGACUUAGGGCAAGUUUCAUCAAGAUUGAUUCACAAAUACCAACAAGAAAGCAAGAAGAUAGGAAAACAAUCAUUUGCUUAUGCCUGGGUUUUGGAUGAAACAGGAGAAGAACGAGAACGUGGAAUAACAAUGGAUAUUGGUCACUCUAAGUUUGAGACAAAAACAAAGUCCAUUACCUUAUUAGAUGCACCUGGUCAUAAGGAUUUUAUACCAAAUAUGAUUAUUGGUGCUACUCAAGCAGAUGUAGCUUUAUUGGUAGUAGAUGCUACAAGAGGAGAAUUUGAAACUGGUUUUGAUAGCGGAGGUCAAACUAGAGAACACGCAUUAUUAUUGCGUUCGUUAGGUGUAUCACAAUUAGCUGUAGUAGUAAACAAGUUAGAUACAGUAAAUUGGUCGAAAGAUAGAUUCGAUGAAAUAGUCGACAAAAUGAGUACGUUUUUGAAGCAAGCUGGAUUUAAAGAUAAUGUUGUCUUUGUUCCUUGUAGUGGUUUAUCGGGUGAAAAUAUUAUAACGAAACCUAAGGAAGCUUUAUCUAAUUGGUAUACAGGACCUACUCUAGUCAGCGUUAUUGAUAAUUUCAAGUGUCCUGAGCGUCCUAUAAAUAAACCAUUUCGGUUAUCGGUUAAUGACAUAUUUAAAGGUACUGGAUCUGGAUUUUGUGUUUCUGGGCACAUGGAAACUGGUAUGGUAUCAAUAGGUGAUAAAAUUUUAGUACUACCAGGAAAUGAAAUUGCAGUUGUCAAAGGUUUACAAGUAGACGAGGUCUCCGCAACAAAUGCAUUUGCUGGAGAUCAUGUCGCUUUAACAUUAUCAGGAAUUGAACAACAAAAUGUGGGAAUUGGAGAUAUUAUUUGUAAUCCUCAAAAUCCAGUUCCUGUAACAACAUGCUUUCAAGCGCAUGUGGUUGUAUUUGCAGUUAAAAUUCCAAUUGUGAAAGGUCUUCCAGUAAUAAUGCAUCAACAAUCCUUGGUACAGCCAGUUGUGAUUACAAAAUUAGUGGCUUUACUUCAUAGAACUACCGGUGAGAUAACAAAAAAGAAACCACGUUGCUUAUUAAAAAAUUCAAGUGCUAUUAUUGAAAUUACUACACAAAAUCCAGUCUGUAUGGAAUUGUACAAGGAUAUCAAGCAACUGGGUAGAGUGAUGUUAAGGGUAGAAGGAACAACUAUUGCAGCUGGACUUGUUACAAAACUUAAGACAUAAUAAAAUAAUUGCUCUGUAUAUUGAAAGACCUAGUGCCAUGGAAACAUGGCAGUUAUAUUUACAUAUUGUUGAAAUUAUAUAAAAUUUACUAUAACAAUUGUGUUUCUGUUAAUUUAUGUAAACAGAUGUAUAUACAAAUUCAUUUGCUACUAAAUACUCACUUCUUUUUUUAGCCAGUGUGUAACUUGUAAAAUUCUUAAGAUAACAAACUGACUAAUUUGUUUAAUAAAAUUGUUGUUUCAAA